AUGAACGAAAUAAGUUUAAGAGCUACAAAAGGAGAAGAAAAAAAAGUUCAUUGUUCUAUUCCUAAAUAUAUCUUAAAUAAUGAAUUAUUAGAAAAAGCUAUAAAAAAAGCAUUUCCAGAAAAUUAUAAUUUUGAAGUUUAUAAAUGUAUAGAUAUAAUAAUAAGAGAAAAACAUAAAAACAUUGCGUUACAAUUACCUGAAGGUUUAUUAGUAUGGGGUUUAUAUCUUUCUGAAAUAUUUUAUUUUUUUUGUGAUACUGUUGAAGAAGUAAUAAUAUUAGGGGAUGUUACAUAUGGGGGUUGUUGUAUUGAUGAUUUUACUAGCGAUAAACUUAAAUGCGAUUUAAUUAUACAUUAUGGACAUUCUUGUUUAGUACCUUUAACUGUAACAAAAAUUAGGUGUAUUUAUGUUUUUGUCGAUAUAAAAUUAAAUUCUAGCCAUUUAGUUGAAACAAUUAAAAAAAAUUUUAAAAAAACUGAUAUUGUUUUAUUGCUUGGAACAAUACAAUUUUCUUGUGUUGUACAUAGUGUACAUAAUAUAUUAAAAAAUGAAAAUUACUUUGAUACAUUUUUACCAAUACCUCAAGUAUUACCCCUAACAAAAGGAGAGGUAUUGGGGUGCACAUCACCAAAUUUGUAUAAAUUUUUAUAUGAACAAAUCAUAAAAAAAAACGAAAAUAAAUUAAAUGACACAAAAAAUUAUGAACAAUCAGGAGAUUUAUCGUCCUCAACAGAAUUAAAGCCAAUUAAAGUCAAUAUUGAGCAAGAAAAUGAAUCAUAUAUUAUUAACAUGUGCAGAAUUUUUUUAAAAAAAAAUAAUAAUGUUAAAAUACUUUUUAUAGCUGAUGGUAGAUUUCAUUUAGAAAGUUUAAUGAUACAUAACCCUGAUUUUACUUUCUUUCGUUAUAAUCCUUUUGAUAAAAUUUUAUCAGAAGAAAAAUAUAAUUAUAAGCUUUUUUACAAUAUACGAAAAAAUGAAAUAAACAAAUCGAAAAAUUGUAAAAGUGUGUGUAUAAUAUUAAGUACAUUAGGUAGACAAGGAAAUGUUAAUAUUUUGAAAAAUCUUAUUAACAUAAUUAAAGAAAAAAAAGUUUUUUACUUUAUUUUAUUAUUGUCUGAAAUAUUUAAUCAAAAAUUAGAGUUAAUCAAAAAUGUUGAUGUAUUUGUACAAAUAGGAUGCCCAAGGUUAUCUAUUGAUUGGGGAAAUUAUAAUAUAAAACCUUUAUUAAAUGCUUAUGAAGCAUAUGUUUUAUUAAAUUCAAUAAAAUAUAGAGAAAUUUAUCCCAUGGAUUAUUAUUCUAAGGUUGGAAAUGUAUGGGCAAAUUAUAAUGCAGGUUUGGGAGAUAUAAAUGAAAAAAAUUUGCCAAUAAAAGAAAUUAUAAAACGACGCAUUCAAAUGAAAAAAUCAAAAAUUAGCAUUCAUUAUUAA